UCUGCUUAACAUGAGAAUGGACGAUUACAUGAAUGUUCAACAAUCACACGCACCUCUUGAAGAGCUUUACAAUUACAUGAGGAUGUUUGAUGUGACUCUUGAUCGUGAACCUCAAGAUCCUUAUGUAGUACCUGAACGUCUAAUGACUUCUUUUGUAUCCAGUACAGGACACACAUUCGAACAAAUCAUGAGCAAGACUCAAAACAAGCGUAUUGAAAGGAUCAACUAUCUACAUUUCAUUCAAGAAGCUCGCUUAAGAUCAAAGCGAUCUCCACGUAUUCCACAAAUGCAUAACAACAUGUGUGUCUACGUUUGUCAUGUACCUGCAGACAGUGUUGGAAAGUCAUUCUCAAAGGUGCUCUAUAGCAUCACUUCAAAACUUACAUAUCAGUUACAAGCUAGACCACAGCUUAUCAAACUGGCCAAAUCAGAUAUCGCGCGUCAAAUCCAAAUUUUUGAACGGGUAUUUACUCAACACUUUCGUGAUUAUCACUUUGAAUUUACACCUUAUGGUUCUAUGGUGCAAGGACUCGGGUUUCCUUCUUCAGGCAACAGUAGUAAACUAUUAAAUAUCAACAUUGAAAUGGAUACGCCUGAUAUGAAUCGUUUGAUCUAUAGAGACACCAACCCUUUUCUCUCGGAUCGUAAUGAACCACAUUCGUUUGAAACAAUGCAAAGAAUAUUCAUUGAUGCAGGCGUGGAUAAAAUGACAUUUCACCAAGACAUCAAUUCAAUUCGUAUUAAGCAUAAAGAUCUCUCAGUCGAAUACAACUUUAACAAAAAGAUGUUUACCAAAAGCACAAAUCUAAUUGAGAAAUACGUCUCAUUAGAUCCACGUAUAUCUCCUUUUUUGAGUGCCAUUAAAUACUUUGCCAGAGGAAGAAAUGUACUUGCACCUUAUUUAAAAAGUGGUGGCAUGAGAGCCUACGGUUAUGUUAUUAUGGGUCUUGCUUAUCUACAGUCACUCGAUCCACCCAUCAUUCCUAAUUUACAGCAUCUUUUCGAUCAUCAUAGCGAUGAGUGUAACGUGGAUCAUUGUACGACUAAAAAAGUGUUCUGGGACACUGUAUUGUAUGGUAAAGGUGAAAAGGGCAUUGCAGCAAGAUACCAUGAUUGUGUGUGUUAUUCUGGAUCAGAACAAAAGACUUUACAGUAUGCUAAACUAAGCGAAAAGACAGGUCAACUUUAUUGGCGAUCGGCAAACGAGAGUUCUGUAGGGGAAUUGCUUAUUGACUUUAUGUAUUAUUAUGGCUACAAAUUCGACUAUGAACGAUAUGCAGUAUCAUUACGGGCAGGGGGAUUCAGUCCAAGGAAAGAUGAAUUCAGGCAGUAUGCUAUUAUUGUAGAAGAUCCUUUUAUUUCAGGUGUCAAUAUUGCGCCUAUUGAUGUCUCUUUAUCUAAAUUCACUGCUACCUUAAUUGGCACAUUUACUUUACUAUAUAAUGGACAAUCCAUGGAAUCAAUUAUUGCUACACAAGAUAUUGGAAAAUACGAAGACACAAGAGGACUCAACAAAAAUAAUCCACGCUAUGCCUCUUUAAGGCUUCUUAAACCAUCCAUCACAAACAAGACACUCGUUGUGAUUGGCUUACCCAAAGUCAAAGACCAAUCAACAUGCUAUUGUGAGCAACUUAUGCAUAUCUUUAGUCAAUAUGGUACAGUCAGAGACCUUCGUGAUCUGGAUUUUACAACAAAGCAAUUCACCAUUUUCAACUAUACAAAUUGUAAUGAAAUUGCUAUACCUUCUCUUAUUGAAAUUCAAGGCAAACCAAUACAUGUUGUAGAAUUGUAUGACAUGUAAAAUAAAUCUGUUUAUUUCAUAUUAGCCUGGUCCAACCUUAGGAAUAUCAUGGUGUUCGCUUAGUUUUUCAAGUUUUUGAUUGAACUCUUGGACACGGUCCUUGUGUGAUUUGGCUGCUGCUUUUGAUACACGCUCCAUUUGUCUUUGACGCUUUGUCUCUUCAAAUUUCUUUUCAGCUUCUGUCUUUUCUACUUCAUAAAACACCUUGUUUUCUUCAAGUAAACCACGCUCUAGUUUCUGCUUGUCCGUUUUUGACGAUUUUUUCUUUUUCUUUUUUAUAGUAGAAGGAUCACCACCUUUAAAUUUGAGUGACCCUUUCUUGACAUGAUCAUAAACCGAUGACAUUCAAAGGUGGUAAAGAAAAAAAAAAAGAAAAAAAAA